GAGUCUCUUAUCGCUGUAAAAUACACGAUCUUUGUCCCGGUCUAGUCCGGCUAACCUCUGCUGCAGGAAUCCCAUUCAAAAAGUGCUGAAGUCACUUUGAGACGUGGAUGCGCUCUGCUAAUAAAGUAUUUAGCUGGUAUUCCGCAGUGUGUACAGACAGUCUGCUGCAACUGGGGGUGUUAUAAUGUGCCUGUGGACACCUGGACGUGGGAUUUCACACAGUGUGAGAGCAACAUGACGCAACGCCGCUCACCUGCCCACGGUAACACGGAGCGGAGAUCAGAGACGCUGAUAUCCCAGUCAUACUCCUGGACAUCUAUCUAUCGAAGAGAGCAAUAGCUAAAGUAGGUUUAUUCUCGCAUCAAACUACAACUACAACAAAUCUCCGUAGUAAUGUCAGUACUUAGGGAUUAACGUAAUACCGGAAGUAAGUAAAAAAAAAAAAAAAAAAAAAAAACAGGGUGUAAAGAGAAAAGUGGAUCGUGUAAAAACAUGUAAAUUAAGAAACAAAACUUUGUCUCCAGUAGAUCCAGAUAUUGUGAUAUUGUGGUCCAUGUUAUAUCCUGAAACUGUUUCAGGGUUUUAAGUUACAUGAAUGACAGUAUGAGCUGUACAAAUUAAAUUUUGCUGUCUUUAAAUCUUCAGAUUCCACAGUAAAUAUAUUAUUUAUUUAUUUAUUUAUUUAUUUGCGCGUUAUUUUAUUGAAAUUGAAAUAUAGCCUUUAUUUAAAUGCGCUAAUAGGGAUUUUAAAGGGAAGUAAAAGUGCUUUAUUUUAAUUUUUUAGCUGGCGUGGCACAGGUGAGAUCUUUUUCUAACUGUUAAGUAACUGGAGCUUGAUAAUGACCAUGGGCAUCAAAGUGGCUGUAAGCUGCACUUUAUUGUACAUUGUGGUGGAUGUUGCUGUCACCACAGUCCUGUACACGCACGGCUCAGACUUGAGCAUAUUUGGAGAGGACACCCAGCACUUUAACAUCCUGCUCUCAGUCCUGGACCUGUGGGGGAUGGUCCUGCUGCGAGCCUGCCUCCUACUGGGGGCCUCCAUAGGGGUGUUGUGGAACAGGGAGGACGGCCCGCAGAGGGUCUGGAAACUCUCCACCCUCAUUUUUCUCAUCUGCCUGACCAUCAUCACCUACGCCCUGGCCAAGCUGCUGAUGAUGACCGAGGUGGAUGCUCUGGCCCACCAGCCCUGGUUCCUGAGCCUCUUCUUCUGGACCUGCACCUCCUCCAUAGGUGUCAUGAUGCUCUGGAGGCUCCUGGGGAAGGAGUCCAACUCAGUGACCAACAGGCGCAGCAGCAGCAGCAGCAGUGUUGGAGGAGACAGAGGAAAAGGGGACUGUGAGGACACGGAGAACCUGGUGGAGACGGCUGAGACGGAGGAGGCUGGUUGUUGUGACAAGGAGGCAAGGUCGAAUGAUAACGGAGGCCAGGAGAAGGAGAGCAACUCGGGGGCCACGCUGGGACGUCUCCUGACUUACUGCAGCAAUGAUGCUGGGCUGCUGUUUAUAGCCUUCCUCUUCCUCCUCAUCUCCGCUGUGUGUGAAGCCUUCAUACCUUACUACACUGGAAAGGCCAUAGACGGCAUUGUGGUUCACCAGAGCAUGGAGUAUUUCACCAAGCCUCUGGUCAAACUGUCAGCGCUGGCUGUGGCCAGUUCAAUUGCAAUGGGGGUGCGUGGAGGAGUCUUCACCCUGACGUUUGCCAGAUUGAGCCUUCGACUCAGGAAUCUUCUUUUCAGAUCUCUCAUGAAGCAGGAGAUUGGCUUUUUUGAUGCAAACCAUACAGGUGACAUCACAUCUCGUCUGACUGCUGACACCACCCAGGUGAGUGACCUGAUCUCCCAGAACGUCAACAUCCUCUUGAGGAGCGUCAUCAAGGGUGCCGGCUACUUCAUCUUCAUGUUCGGGAUGUCCUGGAAGCUGACGCUGGUCACCAUCAUGGGUUUCCCCUUCAUCUGCAUCAUUUCCAAAGUCUAUGGCAACUACUACAAGAAACUAACCAAAGAGGUGCAAACGGGCCUUGCAAACGCCAACAAGGUUGCAGAGGAAACCAUUUCGGCUAUGCGGACGGUACGGAGCUUUGCCAACGAGGAGCGGGAGGCCGACUCCUACUACGCCAGGCUCAUUGUCAUAUUCCAGCUCAACAAAAAACAAGCCCUGGCCUAUGCUUGCUACAUGUGGUCCAGUUGUAUCUCGGAGCUUGCUCUCCAGGUUGCUAUCCUCUACUAUGGCGGUCACCUUGUGGUCACCGGUCAGAUGAGUGGCGGCACCUUGAUAUCUUUUGUCAUCUAUGAGCUGGAACUGGGAGAAUGUCUGGAGAGCAUUGCAUCUGUCUACACGGGCCUCAUGCAGGGGGUUGGCGCUGCUGAGAAGGUUUUUGAGUACCUGGACAGGAAACCCAAACACCCACUUGAGGGCAAAGAGGAACCAGACAAAUGCACAGGCAUAGUCGAAUUUAAGGACGUGACUUUUGCCUACCCGACGCGCCCUGAGACUGAUGUACUCCAGGGAGUAACGUUCACACUUCGACCUGGAGAAGUGACGGCCCUAGUGGGGCCCUCAGGCAGUGGGAAGAGCUCCUGUGUGGGGCUCCUGGAGAACUUCUACCCCCCAAAGCAAGGCCACGUGCUGCUGGAUGGAAAACCUGUGGACACGUACCAGCACGCCUACCUCCACUCCAGGGUCGCUCUCGUGGGCCAGGAGCCCGUCCUGUUUGCCCGGACUAUUGAGGAGAACAUCACCUAUGGCCUGACCGAUGUUGCCAUGGAGACAGUGGUGCAGACUGCCACCAAAGCCAAUGCUCACGACUUUAUCACCACCCUUCAUAAAGGCUAUAACACAGACGUCGGAGAGAAGGGCAUCCAGUUGUCAGGAGGGCAGAAACAAAGGGUUGCCAUCGCAAGAGCUCUCAUCCGCAACCCCCGAGUUCUGAUCCUGGACGAGGCGACCAGCGCACUGGACGCAGAGAGUGAGCACAUUGUGCAGCAGGCUCUGAGCAGCAUCUCGCACCAACACACCGUGCUGGUGAUCGCCCACCGGCUCAGCACGGUGGAGAAGGCAGACAACAUCAUAGUGUUGGACAGGGGCUGUGUGGCUGAACAGGGGACUCACGGUCAGCUGAUGGCCAGCGGGGGGCUCUACUUCAAGCUGGUGCAGAGGCAGGUGCUGGGCAUGGAGACGGGCUCGGAGGUCCUCCACCCCGACGAACAGUCCGGGUGGAGAGCUGAGGCCAGAGGCCGGCAGCACAGAGGGGACAGCAGCGCCAGCGAGUCCGAAUGUGAUGUUCGUUAUUGAGAAUGGACUGCAGUGACUGAGACCAGGGAUCCACUCAUACAACAUUUUUGAAGGCUAACACCACCUGCUGCUAUUUGCAGCAGGUGGUGUCAGUAACUCCAGCAUUUUCAUGUUAAAACAAUAAAAGGAAUCAGUGGUUCCUCAUUGAAUUUUGUUUUUGGGCCAUCACCAGACAAUGAAACCCAUAAAACCCAUAAAAUUAAUAAUCUGAUCACAAUGUGACAUUACAGUAAAUUCAGGUCAGUUGCUUCCUAUGGAGAACAAGCUUGGUAUUGAUCAGUUGUACAAUAAAUAUGGUAUGUUGUCAGAACCUACCAGCUAUUGUCAGAUGAUAAUCGCUAGCUUCUGAGAUUGCAGUGUGAUAAUCUAAUGAUUUAACCUCUGGGGGGCGAUGGCCAACUUUUCAGGUUUUCCAGAGUAGCUUUUCCAUUUCGAGACAUAAAAAUUGCAUCAUAUCCGUCAUGCCAUAGGUGAGUGGCAUGGCUGUCUGAAAUACAGUUUGACACUAACCCUAACAUAUUUCAAAGAGUCGACAGUGGCAGGUGAUGAGGAUUGACAUGUACUGCAGAUUU